CCAGCGAAAAAAGUUGACGUUGCGACUGGAACUGGCACGACUCUAGACUGCGGGUUCUGUCUAUUGCUACAAACAUCACCACCACUACCACGUUAUUGUUUCUCGCCAUUCACUGUCAAACAUGCCUGCAAGCACUGGUAAGCGGAAGCAGGAUCUUGGGGACCAGGUAGCAGUCCCCGACAAGAUCGAAGAGGAUAGCGGUGACGACGAGGAUUUUGAUAUGCUCGACGUAGAAUUCGAAUGGUUUGAUCCACAGCCUAAUGUCGACUAUCAUGGCAUCAAGAGUCUUUUGCAACAAUUGUUCGAUGCUGACGCGCAGCUGUUUGAAUUGUCCGCCCUGACCGACUUGAUCUUGUCGCAGCCAACACUCGGCUCCACCGUCAAGGUUGAUGGCAAUGAGACAGACCCGUAUGCUUUUCUUUCAAUACUGAACCUACAAGAGCACAAGGACAAGCCAUUCAUCGCCAAAUUUAUUCAAUACCUCCAAUCCAAGUCCAAAUCGAAUUCUCGACUCGCUCCACUGGCAGAACUAUUGGCACAACCCACCAUUCCACCGAUAGGUCUGAUCUUGACUGACCGUCUAAUCAAUGUCCCAUCCGAGACGGUACCCCCAAUGUACUCGAUGCUACUGGAAGAAAUAGAGUGGGCGGUGCAAGAUAAAGAGCCAUAUACAUUUACUCAUUAUUUGAUCCUAUCCAAGACAUACACCGAGAUUCCCUCGAAAUUGGAUGCUGAGGAGAACCGGCCCAAAAAGAAGAACAAGGGCGGCAGCGGAUCAUUUGAAACCAUGUACUUUCAUCCCGAAGACGAGGUCCUGCAUCGACACGCCCUCUGUCAUGGUGGAUUCGAAUAUACCAUCAAACAAGACGAGGGUCACUCGGACUCGAAGAGGGCAUUCCAAGAACUGGGAAUCCGGCCACAGGGACAUGCUAUUCUCAUUCCUGCAGAUGGGUUCAAGAGUGCAGUUGACGACAUUUCAGAAUACCUCAAACCACAAUAAAGGGUAACCACACGCAAGCUGAAGAGUCUACUCCCAUUGGGUUCCUUUCAGGCGCUGCAUGAGGUAUUCCACUUCGACGACUUUGGUCAAAGGGAUGACGACUUGAGCAUACAUGGCGACCACCGCCUCCACAUUGAUCUUCUCUUCCCCUCCUCCACUGCUAGGGCCCAAGGACGGAUCCUUACCAUAGGUCUUAGCUUUCAGCCGUAAGCGUUCAAGGACCUGCUGCUCAACUUUUGCAUUGGUGAUGGCAUCAUCGAUCCCUUGUCGGUCCUCAGCCUUGAUGAGCUUGACAAAGCGCUCAGGUUCGGCUUGGAAUUUACUCUCAGCGACGAAUUUGCCAAAGUGAAUUCUCCGGCUGAGUGCUUGGAGACAUGCAACGUCACAGGUUGCUGCACUGCCAUAAUUCUCUUUUGUUUCUCCCCGAUCCUGGCGGUCGAAUUUGCGACAGGCUUCGGGCAAGACCUGAUUGAUGUAUUUUUCUUUGAUCUGAGCAUUGACAUUCACGUCGUUAUCGUGCAGGAUUUUGGGAUAUUCGAUAGGUUGCAGUCUGGGUCGCUGAAGGACUUCUGGGAAGAAAGGAUACUCGUCGGGGGCAUCGUAUCGGCGGACCAAGGAAUGUAUUCGUUCAGUUUCGGCGAGUAGAUAGUCGGCGAGAGACAAGGCCGGGGGGAGAUGGAGAUCGGUCUGGGGAAUGGGGAGAGCUUUAACGUCAUAAAUGGUGGCAUUGAGAGGGAAUUGAACACGUUCGAUGAGGUGGAAGGUAAUGGUGUCUUCGAGUCGACUAUAUGAAAUGUCAGUAGGUCAGAUGUGAGGAGUUGUCGCAUGAACAAUACGUACAUGAGCUGAAAGCGGAUGUUAGCAAGA